AUGAUCAUCAAGAUUACACAAUUCAAUUGGUGGUAUAAAGAGAAAAGUGAAAUCAACAACCCUUGGAAAGUUAAGAUUUAUAUGAUGAGUUCUGGGAAAUGGAGAAUUCUAUCUAGCAAUCUGUUAAGUCAUUUCGAGUUACAUUUCCUCCAGGUAGUUAUUGAUAGGUUUAUCUAUUGGUGUGCUUUGCACAAGGUGCCCAUAGAUGGUAGAUUAAGGAGUUGUAAUGUGAUUGUGUCAUUUGAUAUGACUAAUGAGAGUUUUGGAGUUGUAGACCUUCCAGAUAGUUUAGCUCACCACCCUAACACACAGUUGUGUAUUUCUAAGGUAAGGGAGUCUCUUGUCAUGCUUGAAUAUAAGAAUUGUGUUUGUGAUGUAUGGAUGAUGGAAGAUGGUGUUGGAAAAUCGUUUACAAAGCUAUACACCAUUAAGGCACCACAUGGGCCAAAAAAGAUAUUGGGAUUUAAAAAAAAUGGAAAACUUAUAAUGGAAGUGAAAGAUGGUCUUUUUCGACCUGGUACACUUGUUGUCUAUGUCCGAAUUCUAAACACUUUAAUGAUCUUGGGAUUUGUGGAAAAGGUGAUUCGUUCUUUGUGA